CAAGAAUAGCGAUGUACAAAUAUAGGUGGUAAUGGUAAUGUCUGAAUUGAUUAAAAGAAGCGAAUCACCAGGGCGUCACGGCAGGAUGACACGAACUCGUCACUGAUCGGACUUCAAACGCUCACGCUUUUAUUCUGAUAGGCUCGAAAGCGGAAGUGUUGCCGUACGCAUCGGCCUUGACUGUCGUGUCCCGUGCCACCGGGCCACUUUGUUUCCUCUUAGCGCUGCCGAAAACCCGACUGAUAAGAAGUAGUCGCGUGCGAAAGCGGCCUCGGCGAAGCCAUGCGGCCAAAUUCCUUUGCGAUGUUCGAAGCAACGGAUUCGCGAUGAGCACGGUUGGCGACAACUGGCGGAGACGCACGAGGAGCGCGCGAGCCUGCCGCAAGCUAGCAGCAGGCUCGCGAGGCGACGAGGCCGCUGUGCUGCGAUGCCUGAGCGACGCCAACGACACGGAGGAGGAUAUCGGCUUCUUCAAGCAGGGCGACUUGGAGAGAAAGGUCAUGGCGCCGCGGUACAGCCUGCUCCGCGAGGUCGGCAGGGGCACGUACGGCGUGGUGUACGAAGCGCUAGCCCGGAGGUCUGGUGCCAGAGUUGCCGUGAAGAAGCUCCGGUGCGACGCGCCGGAAAACGUCGAGCUCGCCCUCCAGGAGUUCUGGGCGCUAACGAGUUUGGAGAAACGCCAUCGAAACGUCGUCCAACUCGAAGAGUGUGUGCUCCAAAGGAACGGGAUGGGCCAAAAAAUGAGCCACGGGAACAAGCGGUCGAGACAAUAUCUGCGGCUCGUGGAAACCUCGCUCAAAGGUGAGAGAGUGCUGACGCCUCCAGAAGAGCCCUGUUACUUGUGGUUUGUCAUGGAGUUCUGUGAAGGAGGUGACCUCAACCAGUUCAUCCUGUCUCGGCGGCCUGACUCGCAAACCAACAACAGCUUUAUGCUACAGCUUACCAGUGCUGUGGCUUUCUUGCACGAGAACAAGAUUGUACACAGAGACCUGAAACCGGACAAUAUCCUCAUCUCUGAGCGAUCAGGGACUCCUGUCCUCAAGGUUGCAGAUUUUGGCCUGAGCAAAGUUUGUGCAGGUUUUGGAAAUGUUAUCGAGGGCAAAGAAGGUGAGGACAAAAACAAAAACGUCAACGUCAACAAGUUUUGGUUGUCAUCAGCAUGUGGCUCAGACUUCUACAUGGCUCCCGAAGUCUGGGAAGGUCAUUAUACAGCCAAGGCUGACAUAUUUGCCCUAGGCAUCAUCAUUUGGGCCAUGUUGGAGAGAAUUACUUUUAUUGAUGCCGAGUCCAAGCGCGAGCUCCUUGGAACGUAUGUGAGACAGGGAGCAGACAUUGUACCAGUGGGUGAGGCGCUGCUAGAGAAUCCAAAGAUGGUACUGAACAUCCCCCAGAAACGCAGGUCAUGCAUGUCCGAUGGAGUGAGGAAGCUGCUGCUGGACAUGCUUGCUGUCAACCCUCAGGACCGACCAGAUGCUUUCGAGCUCCAGACAAGAAUGGACAAGGUUAUGUGUCCUGCAUGACUCUCAUUCUGAUCAUUUCUCAGACUUGCAUCUUGACCUGGAGCUGCCACUUGACGCAAGUGUUCCUGUUGUAUGUGAUGACUGUGAAGAUCGAGGAAAGCAUUUGUACCUGCAGUUGAACGCUUACAUUUGUUGACCUUAAGCUCCAAGAGCUAAUCCUGAUGGAGAAUAUUUGUAUUGCCUUGAUUGUUCUGAAUAAAAGAAAAAACCUCA